CCUAGCUCACCCUAUCCAAGACUAUUGCUUUACAGGGGAACGAAGAAUGAAGGGAUUGCGUAGACUGACAGCUUCUGCCAUGACCCUGUUCCUUGCAGCUUCUUUCAUCUCUUUCUCCUGGAGUGCUCCUCAGAGUCACUUCCAAAGAAGAAACUGGACUCCACAGGCGAUGCUCUAUUUAAAGGGUGCACAGGGACGUCGCUUCAUCUCAGAUGAGAGCCAGAUGAAGGAUCUCUAUGACAGACUGCAGCUAGAAACACGCAGCCAAAAUACACAUCCUCUAGCUCUGUCAGAGGCUGCAGCACUAUUUCUUAACUCCUUACAGAAAGCACAAGGAGCUGAAGAAGAAACCAAUGAACACCCUGGAUACUUAACAGACAAUCUAUUAAGCUGGUGAAAGAUCUCAAGUUGUAUCCACAUUCCUAUCCAUCUCUCUUUAACCCAUGGUAUGUGUAAGCAAAACAUUCCAGUUCAUCUGACUCCACCUGUGUUCUGAAGAAAUAAAGUUUGGACACAUUUCUGCAUUUUGAAUGCAACCUGAUUAAAGGUUAUUGUUCAGCUACAAAAGCAAUUUUUAAAUUGAUUACCUAUCUUAGACCACAUUGUGUGCUACCCAAAAUUUAAAAACCCCUGGAACAUUUUAGCGUACAGGACCCAAACAUCAUACAUGUAUUGAAUUGUUUUUGAUAAUUUUUCAAAAAUCUUUUAAAAGAAAAAUGUUCACCAUUUUCCAGCCAACUCUUCAUGUAAGCACUUUUAACCUAUGACAUCUGUUGACUUGUUAAACAUCUCAUCACUGGUACAGAAAUCCAUCUGCCAUUCUCUUGCAUGCUAGUGAUAUUCCAGUUAAAUUAAUGAACUAUUAGGCUGUGUCUACAUUGGCACAAUCUUGCACCAAAGUGGCCGCUCUUGCGCAAAAACUUGCUGCCUGUCUACACUGGCCGU